AUGCACGUCCUACCUAAUUUAGCUGACACAAAUUUGUUUCCCCCGAACCCCCAGGCGAAGGUGGAGUCUGAAAAGAAGCUUUCCGCGUCGACCAAAACCGAGGAGGUGCACAAGAAGCAGCUGGCCAAGUGCGUGGAAGUGGUCAAGCGCCUGCUGGUCGAAAAGUCCACGAUCGAAAAGAAGGAGAUUCGCCGCAAGUGCAUGCAGAACCGCCUCCGACUCGGGCAAUUCGUGACGCAACGCGUCGGCGCCACUUACCAGGAGAAUUGGCAAGACGGCUACGCCUUUCAAGAACUCUCCAAGCGACAGGAGAACAUGCAGCAGUUGCGGGAAAGCAUCGACCGUUUGCGCAAGACCCUGUCCAAGAAGAAGGAAGGCACGUCGGUGCGGAAAAAGCCGUCGUCGUUGUCGACGUCGACGACGGGCAACAACUCCAACUCGAACCACACUUGGGCGUCUUCCGGCGGCAAUUCCUCGGGCUCCAACUCGAACGACUCGUUUUCCUUUCUCAAGCCCGACGCGCCGGCGAAAGAGUGCGUGUUGACGCAGCAGGAGCAUUACGAAAAGGACGAGAUCCUCAAGUUGCGGGCCAAUAGUUACAAGAAGGAGGACGCGGCGUUGCAGCUGGAGGUGGAGAAGUUGGAGCGGGAGCGGAACUUGCACAUUCGGGAACUCAAGAGGAUUUCCAACGAGGACCAGUCGAGGUUCAAGGAUCAUCCCGUGCUUUGCGACCGGUACUUGUUGCUCAUGCUGCUGGGCAAAGGCGGGUUCUCUGAGGUCCACAAGGUGCGUGUUUGUCUGAGGAAAAAAAAAAGUGCCGUUUUAAUUUUGACGAAUUAUCCGACUGAAUGA